ACCUGAUCCGAUCUACCACUUCCAGUUCAGCGAACUCCGUGUGUUCUCCAAUAAGUUCCCCUAGCCCGACCUGAUCCGAUCUACCACUUCCAGUUCAGCGAACCAACUGGCGCCAUUUCUAAUCACCUUUACCUCUCUUGCUAUUCUAUUUAGGCCGCCAUUUGGAAGAUAAGCAGCUAUUAGUAUAUAACGAGUUCUCUUCACGAGAUCCAAACCAGACCAGAUACUACCAAAUUUGGCCAAUAUGCGCUGGCAGAAAUGCAACUUCAAUAUCAAAAUAUCAACCACUUAGCCAGUUGUAAUUUCCAUGUACUUGUUGAUACAAAAAUACUCCGCUGGUCAAUCGCCCUUCAAACAGUUUCCAAAUAUGAAAUGCGUUAGGGGUAAGUUUAUUUAAUUUUCGCCACUCUCAGACAGUCCGAAGCUCAAAUGACACGUACGACUGCGUGCAAGUUAUCCCCCCCCCCCCUUAUCGAGUGAAAAGACACAUUGAACAGUGUUUGGUCAACUAGUGUUCAGAGAUAACUAAUCCUCCCUAAUGAGAUAUUCUAAUAACUACACCUUUGAUUGAGUUGAACAACCAACUGUAAAUAAAUUCUGCAACAAACCAGCCAGCUCACGUGCAGAAAACCCAAUCCCGAUCGAUCUUUUAAUCCAGCCCGUUUAUUUACCUCUACUCUUCGAGAGAUUGCAAAUCGGACCAUUCCGCCCUCAAAAGUAAACUCAAACUCGACUAGCAAUCUAGCCCUUUGAUUGACAGCAAGACAUAUUUAAUUUUUCAAUUGACGUCUCAAGGAUUAAGGGUUUCAAUUAGUAAAAACAGAAAAUCUCUUCAAAUUAUAAAUUAAUACCAAAAUUGACCUUUCCUGAAUAAAUUCAGUUGGAUCACGAAAUCAUUGUUCCUGCAAAAACCACGAGAAAAAGAAACCUAUUUGACCGAAGGACUUGAAAUUUAUUUAAAAAAUAUAUUGACGCAGACAGAAAAGAUAGCGUUUCACAGCAGAUAAUCGUUUUUAAAUAUCAAAUUGAAGUCGAUAUUCGCUCAAAUUGAUAGCUUUUUGAUUUGCAUUCAAUUCUUUCUUUCAAUCACCAUAGUCCUACUGAGAUAUUCAAAAAUUAAGAAGUCAAAAACCGCAAAAGUUUGUUAUUUUUCUGUGGUUUCAUACCAACGUUCAUAGUACUUCUUUCUCGUUCUUCUUUCUAUAAGAACUGUUAAAUAUUACAAAAUUGAUUUUAUAUUACUUUUGUAGCUUCAAAUACCAUAAUUGACUAUACCAUCAGUUUUAUAUUCAUCUGCAGUAGCUGCACAUGCAUUUGCUUAAUAGAAGACAUUUGAUCAUAUAUCGCAUGAAAAAAUCAAUUUGUUCAAACAUUUGAAAACAAUUGAGCAAAAUCUGCGAAGUGAAUUCGACUUCACCUUUACCUUUCAAUAAUCAGUUGGAAUUGAAUUCCGUGAUCAACUAAUUCAACCAAUUCACUUAAUUCACCAACCAAUUAAAUCAUUUACACACACUGCCUAAUUGAGUUCCAAGAAAUGGCUACCAGGGCUAUUCAUGGAAGCUACAGCAUGCACGACUGGGAGUUUGGCCAGUGGCAAAAUGUCCAAUCCCAAUCUGGAGCUCAUUUUUCAACAGUCGACGACAUGCUGAUCCGAACGGAAGAGUCAAAUGCCAACUCAGCCGAUCAGAGCUCGUGGUCUUUCGACGACUCAUGCACUCAACAAGUGCGACGGCGCAGUGGCAGUGUUCGGAAGGGGGCUCGACAACGACCCCUGAGUUCUCCGAUUGAGCUGUGCAUGUUCAAAAUAGGGGAGGAGCUCUGUUCAAUAGACAGAGGCUCAUUGGCAAAAACGAUUUCGGCUUCACUUGACUCGCUGCUGAAUGCGAAACAAAAGCUGGACGCGGAAACAGAGGACAAGAGCACGGAUGAAAAAGAAAAUGAACCAGCGGCCAACAAAGAGGGGAAAAGCGCAACUACAGACGCAAACUAUUCCAGCGAUGAUGCCAUAUUAUCAAAUAAGUCAAGAAGUGAAACGUCUGAUAGUCUAUUUUUCCUACAGGACUUGCUCGAUGAAAUUAUAAAUUUGCAGCUAAAUUCAGACCGCAAAAAAGAUACCGCUAAUCCGACUUACACUAAAACCGAACACGCGACACUUCAGAAUAUUCAAAAAGACAAAAUAAUUGAAAGACCCAAAACCAAUGAGUCCAACAAAUCCAAGACUAGCCAACCUAAUCAACAGAAAACCAAACGCAAAACAGCAAAAAGCGUCCGCUUUGCCGAUGCAUGUGGUUCUAAAUUGCUGAGAAUCAAAUUUUACGAUCCUAAUCCCAAAAUCAAUUUCGAUGCGUUGGACUCUUCUGAUUAUUUUUUCAACUAUAAUUCCAACAGCUACGACAACAAUAAUCGGGCUAGAAAAGUAGAGAAGACCUGGCUGCCUCUAUUUUUCUUGUCUCCCAACAAUGCUGCUCUAGUUAAGAAAGCUUCAGAGCACAAUAUACAACUGGAGUCACUGGCCAUCAACGGAUUCCAAGUCAGCGGUUCAAUUCUGGUGGUCAACUUGAGUUUCGAAAAGGAGGUGUGGCUGCGAUUUUCAUUCAACAAUUGGAGCACGUACCACGAGAUCAAGUCACAUUACAGUGCAAGUGUGACGCAUAAUGACCUUUCUCAUCAUACAGUACCGGUGGACCGGUUCAUAUUCCAAAAUGAGUUCAUGACCUCGGCGGAUAUGGAUAAAUGUUCGUUCUGUUUGCGGUUUGAGGGCCCAAGGGGUGAGUUUUGGGACAACAAUGAAGGACUCAAUUAUUCACUGAAACUUGUAGAUAAAUAGACUUAAACACACAUAAAUUCCACUAGUAGUCGGCUCAACUCUUACUGUUGAAUGCAGGGGCGGAUCCAGGAUUUUCUCGAGGGGGGAGGGGGCGGAUUUUCAAAUUUUUUUUUCGAAAAUUGUCUUUUUUUUAGGUCGACCGAAUUGAUUUUCCAAGCUCCUUCAAAGCAGUAAAAAGAUUAUGUAUUGGCACGCAGGCACAAAUUUGAAAAAAAAACAGGCCACAAUAGGCGUUUUAGGCAUUUUGGAAAAUUUGUAAAUAUUGGCGCCUUUGAAAAAAUAGCAGAAAUGGAUAUCUCAAAAUAGUACAAAAGGGGACCCCUCCGUACUAUUUUGAGAUAUCCACCCCCCCCCCCCCCCCUCACAUCCACCCCUGGAUGAAUGGAGUUAUGAUCCCUCCUAUGCCUUAUAAACUCGUAUAUCGUGCAUCAAAUAGUGCUAAAUCUAGUCUAGUAAUAAAUAUUAUA